AUGGAUUCUUUCGAGAAACUGCCCCCUGAAGUCAUUCAACAGAUUCUCGCCAAUAUCGGUGAUUUUGCAGGCAUUGAAAACAGCCUGUUGGCAUCUCGACGACUCAAUGCCGUCUUCCAGGCCCAGCCUACCCGCAUCAUACAAGAGCUGAUCCUCUUAAAUCCGAUUACUUGUAUGCCAGAAAUACAAAAGUUAUGCUAUAACAUCGGGCACCUCAGUAUCUCUUCACUGCAAUGCCCGGAUCUUGAGCACUAUCACCAGACAUGCGAGGAUCCGCCAACUUUAGGGUACACAGAAUCACGGCAUAUACUUAAGAUAGGCGCGCAGAUCCAGCGGCUUGCGUGCAAAUGUCUCUCUAUUAUGCGAGAAGGUCUCAUCAAAAAUCUUGAUAAUAUCCCCGCGGAUUCAAUAAGUGGACCUCCACUCCAAAUCCAAAAUGCCAGCCAACCCUUCACCUGGACAGAAGAGUAUCGCACAUACUGGGCUCUCUGGCAUCUGCAUCACUACUCCCACCUGCGCAAAGCAGCAACCCAGCGAUGGAACUGGAACGAAUCCUCAAUCCGGGAACUAGACGCAUACAACACCUGGAGCGAAAUCGACUAUCGCACAGCCGAAAGACUCUGGACAGUAUCCGCCGUCCUCUCAGAUCUGGGUCUGACCCUGAACUGGCUGCCUAAUGACCCAGAAGCAGAAGAACCCGCCCAAACCAUCUGGCCCGCUCCGGAAGAAACAUCAAUACCUUUCUUCCCAUCAUUUGACCUGCCACCCACACAGUCACAAGAUAGCAGCCUCUGGGCUACGCCAGAUCCUCCCGAGGACACAGAGUUAACAUCCGCCUGGAUGCUCGCGCCGAGACACCGUGCCUCGCAUCACUGGCACUUCGCACACCUCUAUCUCAGUGGUAUAAAUCUCACGCGGGCCGUGCCUGCAUGCUACUCGCUGACGAACAUGAAACCGUGGCGACGACUCGGUUGGGUUAUCUGGGAUGGGUGGCGUAUGUAUUCUAUUGGAUUGAGUAAUAUCGCUCGAAAGAAAAAAAUCCCUCUUCCGGAUGGCGGUUUCCUUGAACCGGAGCCGCGGAAUCCGAGGGAUCGGAAACCCGGGAUUGAUUAUGUGGCUAGGUGGUUUGCGAUGAUUGGGGAGGAGAAGCCUUGA